AUGGCGCACAACAAAGUGAGAAAGACGAGCCUUAGAGUGUUUCUAGUACUUUUUCUCUGCCCUAUCGUGGUAAACGGAACCCUUUACAGUAACGGGCUCUCAAGAUAUGGUUCGAAUGUUUGCCAAGAGAGGAGAGAUAGUUCCGUUGCAACAUCCACCCUGGUGUCGACUGUCAGUUAUCAAUCUUACACCACAAGCUGUGGAUUAUUUGGUUGGGCACGUUGCAGGAGAUCUAGAACUGUAACCGGCUACAGAUGGAAGACAAUCUACCGUUGGACAACUGACACAUACCUGAGGUGCUGCAGUGGAUGGGCAAGAAGUGGAAGUAGUUGCCCAAGAGCGAUCUGCAAUUCCGGCUGCAACAACGGGGGAACUUGUUAUUACCCGAACAGUUGCAGGUGUACAUCCUAUUGGACAGGAUCUACUUGUAGUGCAGAUGUAAACGAAUGCUCUUCAAACAAAGGAGGUUGUCAGCAGAAAUGUAACAACAGGAAAGGGGAAUCAAGAACUUGCUCUUGUCACAGAGGGUAUAGAAGAAGUCCAUACGAUAGCAAGAAGUGCGUUGAUAUAAAUGAAUGUCGUAGUUCAUACGCCUGCACCUGCGCUACUGGGUCUUAUUCAUGUGAACCAUCAUGCAGGAAUACUCUUGGAAGUUACUAUUGUACGUGUAGAAAGGGUUUUAGACUGCAGGGUCGCACAGUGUGCACAGAUAUCAACGAAUGUCGCGUAAGUAAUGGAGGCUGCAGUCACCAAUGUGUGAACUUUCCUGGCUACCACAAAUGUAACUGUCGAAGGGGUUUUCGCCUCGUGAACAGUAAAUCUUGUAGAGAUAUAAAUGAGUGUGCUAGCAACAACGGAAACUGCCAACACAACUGUAGAAAUCUGUUCGGCAGCCACCGCUGUAACUGCGAUGAGGGAUUUAAUUUAGAUAGCAAUGGAAGAACCUGCUCAGACAUUGACGAAUGCAACACAGGCCAUGACUGUCAAGAGAUUUGCAUUAAUACUCUCGGUGGAUACAAGUGCUCUUGUAAUGAGGGGUAUCAAUUAACGGCUGAUAACAGAACAUGCACAGAUAUCAACGAGUGCGCCUCUAGUAACAUCACUGGAAGUAACGAAACAGCCACUCUUUCUGGUUGUCAUCACUUUUGUACGAACGUCGAGGGAAGUUUCCAUUGUUCCUGUACGAAUGGAUAUGUACUGAUGUACGACAAGAGACAGUGUAAAGAUAUUGACGAAUGCCAGACUGGAAACCAUUCCUGUGACCAUAACUGCCUCAACUCGGAGGGGAGCUACUUUUGUUCAUGUAGACCUGGCUACAAAUUGUCAUCAGACGGGAAAAAGUGUGAAGCUCAGCCCUGUGAAAAGAUUGAUACACCACUCAAUGGUACAAUGAAUUGUUCAGGACUUGUCACUGAUGCCUCUUGUUCAUUUUCUUGCGAUCCCGGGUAUGAUUUGGUUGGAUCACAGUUUAGAACUUGCCUUCCUUCUUCAAGAUGGAGUGGAAAUUUCACUUUCUGCAAAGUGAAACAUUGUGAAAAGUUGACAACCCUUAAGAGUCAAACUAUUUUAGUUCCCUGUUUCACCUCCUUCGGUUCAACUUGCUAUUUUGGAUGUCGCCGAGGAUUUUUCAUGGAUGGAGACGGACAAGCAAAUUGCAGCUUGAAUUCCAAGGGUGACGGUGUCUCCUGGAAAUUUGGGAGUUUCACUUGUAAAGAGAUCAAGACAUGCCAGCCAAAUCCAUGUAGACAUGGAGGAAAGUGUUACGCUCUGAACGAGAGGGACUAUACCUGCAACUGCGAUAACACUGGUUACAAGGGUGAUCAUUGUGAAACUGGGUAUACUAUAACACCAAUCUUUCCAAAGCUUCGCUCAAAAACCAAAUCUGGGAGGCUUUUCCUUAUUGCUAGACCACUGAGACGCUUGACGGUAGAAGUGUCCUCAGAAAAAGGAGUGACAUUUGAGCCCCCAUCCAUGGUUUUCGAUUCUUCUAGAGUAAUGGAGCAAUUCACAGUAGUGGCGGAAAAGCCCGGAAUCCGAGCGAUCACCUAUGGUCUGGAAGGCGAAAGUAAGAACGAUUUUGAAACUCCUGAACCAAGCGUGCUUUUUACGGCACCAGAAACUUUCUCUAAUAUUAGCUUAAGGAGACAGCUAUUUCUUUCUAAGGGCGAGCUACCCAUUGGCUGCGAAGAUUAUAUCACAAAACUUUCAUGUGAAGUACGUCUAUCAUCUACCGCAGCUUGGACCAAGAUUUCUUCCUCUACCAAUGGCAUUGUCCACAUCAACUCUCCCAAAAAUCAGAACAUUCCUCUUUCUCUAAUCGGUUUGAAUCUAGGAGAUCGUGUCUCGCGAGAUAAGAUGAUUGAAGCCGGUGUAGCUAGGACCUCCUCGUUCAAAAAAUUUACAGUUUUGCUCGCGCGAAAUGGCACAUGCCAGGCAAGACUAACAGACACAAACAGUGUGCUUGAACUCAUACAGAAUGAUGCAUUCGUGUCCUCGUUCAUGGAGGCUCUUUCAUCCGUGGCGCCAGAAUGGCUUUCAUUCUCUGUCACAGAGAAUAACAAUGUUUUCGACAUUCAAAACGUUGCUGCUAAUCUGGCAUCUGAUCUGAAACACUGCACAGGAUUUCCCUUAGAUCAAGCAUCAAGUCUUGUCUACUACCGUCCUACUGUGAAUUACAAAAUGCGUGUGGCACAAGACGAUGUUGCUUUGUUAGCUGAUGGAUCAACAUGUUUUGCAAUAAACAUCUGUAAACCUAGUUUGUUUGUCAACUUUCCCAAAAGGCAGGCUGAUCUCAUAAUGAGUUCUCUUAAUUUCUUCCGAGAUAUGCAAAACAGUGGGCUCAGUCUUCAGAUUGAUUCGAUUGGCCUCCAUAAAAACAAAGAAACUGCUCAUUUUGUGAAGGGAAUCAUUUGGAAUGGCAAAGAGCUGCAAGAAUUAUCCCCUCUCCAUUAUCAAAUGUGGCUAAAAGGAAGUAUUGACUGGAAAAUGGAGAUUCGUAAGACGCUACUCCUGUCAUUUAGGAUGAAUGGGGAUGCUAUCAUCAGAUCCGAAAAUAUUGAGAAUCUAUUUACCUCUUUUUUGUCUGAACGGAUGGACAUCCAGUUAAGAGGAGACGUGGUUUUAAACGUUACUGGAACAGCACUCAAAAACAACUUUACUUUGAAAAUUAGUUCAACGAAAGCCAUUGGAAAAGCUCUCUUAGGAGGAAAGGCCAACUGUAGCAAGAACAUCCGAGGGAUUUCUUUAACGUUGGAGAAAUCCGCCAGCAGCUUUUUGAAUAAAAGCCCUCUUGGAACUUACAUUCGGCCGAGAGGGACUGAACCAGUUCGUUUGGCGAUACUUAUGUCAUUAGAAGGAGGAAAGCUCAACAACAUCGAUAACAUCGAUGAAGUUAGACAAUUUCUUUACGGCAUUAUUUCACUAUUGCCGGAUCUGCAAAAUGUCUUCGUCAAAGCCAAAGCGAUUACUCCAGAGGGUAAAACCACUCUAAAGAAAUCCCUCGACAUGAUUCUUAAACUAAACACCACUAUAAGAGAACUGAAAGAGAUGCUAGCAAAAGACAUGGUGAACAUUGCAGGGGUCCUGAAUCUUCUCGACCAUAUAGAAUAUAUGCUUAAAUACUGCAAAAGCAUCACAGAUGUUUUAAAAGACCAGUACACCUUAUCAAACGACAAAGGAACUUAUGCAGAGCUCUUGCACAUAAUUGAUAGGAUUCAUGCCAAAUUUCCCAAAGAAUUACGCCCCAAUCUCAGCGGAAAACCAAUUUCCAAAACUUUACAUGGAAUAAGUUUCUAUUUUAGAGGCAAUCUGUGCGUGGGAAAGCUGUGCUUCGAAGAUUUCAGCACAACAGUUGACUACCUUUCAGAGAACAGCUGUGUUUCUAAUACACCACAAGCGUCAAUGUUCCGUGGCAAAGGGAAAGCCUUAAGGCAGGUUGCAUUAAGUAAAGACAACAUAUUAAUGCUUCCUAUGGGUCAUGUAAUUGAAUUUAUCUUUCCGAGAAACUCUAAGGUGAUCUCAGCUCAUUUCGUGGGAAGAAGUAAUCUUUUGGCCGUUAGCCAGCUCGUUAAAGUUUCAUUAAAUAACAAUCAGCUGUCGUUUGAAAUGCGAGGGAAGAUAUUUGAUAAAUAUGUGGCGAAAAUGAGUGUGAUGGCCAUGAUUAGCCAUACUACAGAUUGGAGCUCCUUAGUCUUCACAGUUAACGGACAAAUGACGAAUUCUUCCCAACUUUCGAAACUUCUCCAAAGUCAGGUGACGACCUUCGCCAAUUUCUUAGCAGAAAGAGCUUUCAAACAAGUUGAAAGGUCUAAGAAAUCAAUACUGAUUGCAGAAGAAAGGCUACAUACCGCAAAAGAAUUAGUUGAGAAGAAAAAGUCCAUUCUCGAUAAAGCGUUAUUAGAAAAGCGACGGAAGCUCUCAAAAUUCCAAAGAAUAAGCGAUGCAUACGGGAAAGCAUCAGUGGAGCUUGAAUCUUCCUUGGACCAGCUAUUGAAAGUAAAGAACAGAAAAAUUUGCCGAUUUUUAGCAUGCAACCUCAUCGAAUCGAACAUUUACAUACCAGCGGUUUGUCAAAAGCCAGUCUUGGUAAAUUACACAGUCCCAGUUUGCCGCAAAAUAAAGGAAUCGUUGCAAGAGGAAGUUGUUGUUUCAAAGGUGGUUUUGGAAACGAAAAUGGUUCAAACUUACGUGGUCGAACACCGAGGUGAUUGCGGAAAAACAGGUAAAUUUCUAACAGGAAUCGGGGCUGGGAUGAUGGUAAUUGACCACGUCACUGGCUGCGAUGAUUACCAAGUGAAGGUACCUGGCCCGAAAGUUCCAGUUGAAUUUUACGUAACAAAGAACUUCCGUGACUACAGAAAAAAAGAAAUCGAAAGGUUCGUUUGCGAUGCGCAAAAGACAGAAACUGAGAUUUCUGGUUAUCUUCCCUACGAAUGUCCUAAAACUGGAAGUAUAAAAGUUUUAGACCCAAAGUGCGUCUCUCACAACACAAAUUGUUCCCUUGACAUGGCAAACCUAGCCGCUGAAAUCGAGUUUGAGAAUGAGACCAUGUUCAGAGAUUUCCAAAACAUGGUAGCAAAAGGAAAACGUGCCACCCGUGCUCAACUGGAAUCAAACAAGGCAGAAAUAAAGUUUGACAGUGCUGUAAGACAGUUAGAGCUGGCUCGUGCACGACUUCACCAGCGCGAAUUUGCACGAAAAGCCAUUAACCUCAACAAAGUGAAAGAGAGAGAAAAACUCGGGCUAAAACUUGGCAAAAACAUGGAGAAGCUUUCAAAAAAACCAUUGAUCUACGUAGAAAGUUUGGCUUUUUCUGUGGCCAUGACCUCGUCAUCGUCGAAGACGCGAUUUCCCCUCACAGUUUACGUCAGGAGAUUUGAAGGCUCGAAUAAAGCAAUUCAGUUUUCUAUGGACUUCAAUAAUGAAGAGGAUUCACUGGCCUUGGCAUCGAAACUUAUUGUUGAGGCGCUCUUUGGAACAUCCAAUUCAAAAAGACGUAGGUCACUAAAAGAGGAAUCCAUCAACUCUAAGAGAAAUGGAAUCGACCUCCCAGUUGAAAGACACGAAUGUCUUCUUUCCAAAGAAGCCAAUAUUUUUUUCUCUGAUAUCGUUGAAUCCAUGGAUUUUUCCAUUAAAAGUAAGAGGGAGGUCGAAAAAUCCUUAUUUUCGGGCAUUAGAGGCAUGGAGGAGCUCUCUGGUGCAAAUAAAAAUGAUGGGAAUUCCUCUUACAAUGAUAUAAUUCUCUCUUAUGGGGAUGCACAGCUGAACGGCUCUGAAGCAUCAUCUUGGAGUGACAUAUUACAUGAUACACGUGGAUUUCUAGAUAUCUUGACCCAGAGGAAAAACUUUUCACAAUGUUCAGGGAUUCUUGAUUGUGCUGACUUCUUUUUCGACAGCCUAGAGGGAAUGUAUGAAAUGGAAAAUCACCCCAGAGCAAUCGAAAUCAAGGAAGCGCUUCAGACAUUGAACAAAAUCAUCGGCAGUAUCCUGAGAGAGAACAUUACGAUGUCUCUGUUGGAAGGAAAACUCUCACAAGCGAGGUUUUUCAUUAACAGAAGCGGCGAUGAUAUAAUACUUUGCGGUCAGAGACCCACAAUUAAAAAGAGUUCUCCAGUGAAAGUUGUCACGCUCCUCGGUGGAGACAUUGAUUUACUGUGUGAGGCUGAAAGUACUCUGGGAGUUGAAUACAUGUGGAUGAAAAAUGGGCAGCCACUUGAAGGGCAAAAUGGUACCAUACUUGAGCUAAGAAAUGUCACCGAACAGAGUGAAGGAGCCUACAAGUGUCAUGCUUCCAAUACAAGAGGAAGUACAAUAUCUAAUGUCACCAUCCUGGUUGUGCAUCAAAAACCACAUAUUGUCGAACACCCACUUGAUAAUCACAAGCUCGUUGGCGAUGAAGAAGUGUGGAUGGUCUGCAACAGCACUGGUGUUCCCCGACCAACAACAGAGUGGUUCUUCAUUCCGAUGAGAGGGAUAAGCCAGGAUGCUGUUCGAAUCAACGUGACUAGCCCAGUACUGAAAAUGGGAAACUUGACCACAGAAAAUGAUGGCUUUUACUUCUGUAACGUGUCGAAUUUGCAUGGUGCUGUUCAAAGUAGAAUUGCAAGACUGGACGUUUCAAGAUUCAUUCCUGGCGUGCCUAGGAUUGCUGUCGUUUUCAAGCUGAAGCAGUGUCCGUCAACACCUUCUUCAGGAGACAGUAGUUCACAUUUUUGCACUGGCAGUGAAAUAGAGAAAUCUCUGCAGAAUGAUACUAUGGCUCACCAACGCAUUUUUCAAAAGAUCUUGAAGCACGUGGACUGGCCGCCGGAAAAAAUACAUGAUGAGUAUUACAAACCUUUUCCAAAUGCUGUGAUCUCUUUCGUCCUUCAUGGUGACGACCCCAUCACGCGAGAAGGAAAGAAAUUCGAGGCGCUAAAUGAAUUCUCGCUCUCUAGGCAACGCAUAGGAAACAGUUUAAAGAAGCUUUAUUCUUCCCUAGUUGAUGAAAAAGUGAAGAUUCGUUGGGGUAACUUGACAAUAAUUGGCGACAAAGAUAGCCUUGUAAUGGGAUUUCCUUCUCAAAAAUGUCCAAACGGUACAAGACUCCAUCAAAAUGGUUAUCUAUGCGUGCACUGUCCACCUGGUCAUUAUGAAGUAGGAAACAGAACUUGCGAACCAUGCCCUGUUGGCACAUAUCAGCCUGAUGACGGGAGUACAGAAUGUGUCAAGUGUCCUUACCGAGUUUCAUCGACAGAGCCUGGAGCGGUUCGAGAAUCUCAGUGCAUCGAUAUAUCCAUACCCUGUACUAAACUGCCUCAAACCGACGUUGCACGAGCUCAGUUGCCAAAGAAGACAAAGGCUCUUUAUCGUAGCGGUGAAACCUUUGACUUUGAAUGUCAACCUGGGUAUAAAGUCACAAGAAAUGCAACUGCUGAGUGUAACGAAGGAAACUGGAGCAAGACUGACUUUUAUUGUAAAAAGACUUGCUAUCCACCCUGGACCGAGCUGAAGAGGCGUUGCUACUUGGUGGUAGAGGCACAGGGCCACCGAUGGGUAAACGCGCUGGGCAAGUGUCUGAAGCUCAAGACCGAGAUGGUGAUGAUAUCCUCAGAGGAGGAAAAUCAAUUUGUCAAACAGCUUGCUCAGGUUUACCUUAAAGAGAAGAGAUGGACCCGAGCUCAGAUGUGGCUUGGGCUGAGGAAGACACACGCUACUGGUAAUUUCCUAUGGGCUGAUGGGAGCCCGUUAAAGGGAUACACUAACUGGAUCCCUGGAGAACCAAAUAACGCAAGAGGUCAAGAACUGUGUACCGAGAUUUUGGUCUCUGGUAAAUACCGGUUGGGCAAGUGGAGUGUUAUGAAAUGCCACGUAGCCCGUCACAAACCUAUCACAGUUUGUGAGAAAGAGGGAGAAUAAAAGUAACAAAUCAGUUAUUUCCCGAAAUCCUUUAGAUAUGCUUGGCUGAUUAUUCCUCUAGUUGUGCUGUGCUUAUAACAAGUAAUUGUCGUUAAACGGGAAGAUUGAUAGCUGUGGAACUGUGUGCGUAUUACAUAUCAAUAACUCAUUUAUCUUGGUUUUGUCAGGAAAACUAAAUUACAAAGUGUAUUGAAAACAAAUAGUUGAUCUUCUCUAACUCU